CUGAUAAAUUUAGACGGAAACUGGAAGAACUGGAGAAAGAGAAAAAUUCUUUAAAAUUUCAACUUCCUUCAAGGCAUCCUUCAAUUAGUAGUUUUUUGGAUCGAUUUGUUACCCAAGUUCAAGCAGCAUUGUGCUGGGCUGCCGAUCAUCGACAUGAAGAAACUCAGCUUUGGCAUGAAAAUGAACGUAAACUUUUGAGGUCCACCUACCAGGAGAGGAUGCAGGUUUCGGCCACCAAACGAAACCAACUUUUUCAAGAAAAGAAAUGGUUACAGAAAGAAAUUGAAGACCUCCGAGCAAGACUGGCCAUAUUAGAAGCGAAAGAUCAACAGCUAAGAAGAGAAAUUGAAGAACAAGAUAGGCUUAUUCGGUCACAGGACUGUGAACUCACUGCUUUACUUGGCUGCAUUUCUUUGAGAGAGCUACAGGAAAUAAGCAAGGCUGUGGAUGACACUUUAGCAUCUUCCUAUCAAAUUCCAUUCAUUCUAGAUCUUCCUGGGACAAUAAAGAGCCUUCAGGAAAAAGAACAAUCAUUCAGCAUGUCCAUUAAAGAAACUACUGCCAAAGUUUGUACAAGUCAGAAACUCUGCAGUACUUUGAGGAGGAAAGUGAGUGAUAUUGAGAGUCAACUACCAGCUCUACUUGAAGCCAAAAUGCUGGCUGUUUCAGGAAGUAAUUUUGGUACUGCGAAGGAUCUGACAGAAGAAAUAAGAUCAUUAACAUCCGAGAAGGAGGGGCUGGAAGGACUUCUCAAUGAACUGUUGGUUCUGAGUGCCAGAAACAUCCGAAAAUUGGAGAGAAUUAAAGAUGAUUACACCAGACUGAAACAAGAACUUGAACAAGGAGAGGCUGCCUUUGUGACCAAUGUAAAAGAAAAUGUUGAAAAGUACAUGGAGAUGCUGGAGGAUAAACUCCAUAGUUGUGGAAGCCAGCUGCUCCAAAGAGUGUGGGAAGCUGACUUGGAGGCCUGUCAGCUGUUGAUCCGAACGUUUCAACUGAAAGAAACCAGUUGCUGUGUUUUUGAGGAAGAAGAGAACCAAAUGGAUGAGAUGGAAAUGUCUGCUGAUGGCCCAUCUGAUUCCGAAAAAAGAAAAGAAGGUCACUUUCCAAAGGGCAUAGAGUGGGGCAAUGUUCCCUGCCCCAAACACAACGAGCUAAAAGAGGUUAUGGAAGACAUUUCAUUUGGAGCAGAGGGUCAUUUAUCUGAGGAGUUCAUCGUAUUUUCUGCAGAGCUGGGAGAAAAAUGUGAAGCAAUAAGUCAGAAAUUGGUGCAUCUGGAAGAUCAACUGCAAACUUCCGUCUGCAGAGUUGAUGAAGGAGUUAUUCAUAUCCUUUUUGAUAUACACAGAGAUACGUAUCAAUCUGU